GAUUGAGGUCAUCUGGAAGCCGGCAGGAAUUUUGCCCCCUUAAAGAGAAAAAGGAGGCUGGGGACCCAGAUUCCUGAGUCCUGAGAUCCUGCUCAGCUCUUCCCGACCUCUCAGAGAAGCCAUGGGAACAGACCAUAGCCAACGUUUGCUGUUCCUCUUUCUCCUAGGAGCUUCCUCCUUGGCCUCGGCCAACCAGUUGUAUUGUUACAAGGAUGGGUCCGUGACUAUAGCAGAGGAGGCAGCCGAUGCAUUUAACUGGACCACAGAGAAAGUUGAAACUUGUGACAAUGGAAGAGUUUGCCAGGAAACCACACUGAUGAUUAAAGCAGGGAAUAAGACAGCUGUUUUGGCCUCCAGGGGCUGCGUGCCUGGAGAGUUGGAGUUGGUAACGUUUAUCCAGCACACCACAUCCCCUGGCCUGGUUGCACUCUCCUACACUAACUACUGUGAUGAUUACUUAUGUAACGACAAAGACAGCUUAUAUCAGUUCUGGAAUGAAGGAAGACCCUCAGUUUUCGCUAAGCCAGCAACCCUCCAUUGCCCAACCUGCGUGUCUUUGGGGAACUGUUCCAGUGCUCCUUCUCUUCCCUGUCCCAUCGGUACAACACAAUGCUAUGAAGGAAAACUUGAGAUUACUGGAGGUGGCAUUGAGUCAUCUCUGGAAGUCAAAGGCUGUACAGCCAUGAGAGGCUGCAGGCUGAUGGCCGGUGUCUUAGUAGUAGGACCCAUGUCAGUGAAGGAAAUCUGCCCGAAGAAGCUUCUUACUGAACCCAGAAAGGCUCAAAAUGGAGCCACGUAUCUUCCCAUGUCAGUUUGGAGUUUACAGCUACUGCUGCCAUUGCUGCUGCAAUCGUUUGUCCAUUUUUUCUGAGAAUGUGCUUCUGGUCCUAGGUCUCAGGACACCUUUUUUCACUGGGAGCUUGGUGACUGACUGCGGUCAUCAACAAGUCGAGGAGUGGGUGGGAAUUUGAGGGAGAGCAAAGAAAGAUGCUGUGGAUGUACUUGACAUUUUUAAUAAAAUUUCUGCUAUGA